AUGGAUUUUCCCGAUCAUGUAUUAUUUAAUGUAAACGUUGCUGUAGUAGCAAUGGUAUUUAGGAAAAAAUAUGGACACGAAUACGAACGAGCUGAUAGUACAACCGAUGUAAGCAGCGCAAGCAAUGCAAGCUAUACAAGUAAUGCAAGUACAAGAUCGAUAGUUACAUCGGAUGAAAUGUGGACAGCGUCGGAAAAUCUUUACAAUACUCUGAUCCAAUGUUUAGAAACAGAAGAUUCCGUAUUAAAUUUCAUAAAUUGGUUUUUAGACGGUGUACGAAAAACUGAAGAAAGUAUUGAAAAUAUAUCCUUAGAAAAGUGGGAUGAAAUUUUGAAAGAAUUUGCCUCUAAAAUGAGACGAAUUUAUGAAAAUAGAAAAGUAUUAAAGUGUAGGACAAUAGGACAGUCCAAGGAAAAUUCGGAAGUUAAAGUUAAGAGAAAGAGUAGCGUUAGUAGUCUUACAAGAAUCAAGAACCUUUUAAAAAGACCAAGUUUAAAGAAAAAUAAAACUAGAUCUUCGAAAUUAAAUCCAUCAACCAAAGUGAAUUCUUUAAUAAGAAUUAAUCAAAUACCCGUAACUGUUUCUCCAUUACAAAAUAAAUUCAAUCAAAAGACAGUUGCACUAAAACGUCUUGUGGAUUCACAGGAUUUAAAUUCAAAUUUCGUUAAUAAGAUGAAGACACUAUAUCUUGCCUCAAAAAAAUCCUCAAAAUUUUCAAGGAUGUAUGGUCUAACACAAGAUCCACAAACGAAAGAUUAUUUCAUAGUGUUACAAUACGCAAAUGAUCAUGACUUACAUAAGUAUCUGAAUCAAAACGGUGUUAGCAUAGAUUGGUGCCAACGUAUAAGUAUAUUACAUGGAAUCGUAAGAGGGAUUUAUGAAUUACAUAAAGCGAACUUAAUACAUCAUAAUCUACAUACUGGUAAUAUAUUACUUAGACAUAAUACGAGAAAAGAAGAAACCGGGAGAUUUAAUACUUCGAUUGUGAGAACAUUGAUCUCUGAUAGUGGAUUAUGGGGACCAGCUGGAUCAUCCUUAAGUGGAAAUGAUACAAGCGGAGCAACUUCUUUGGGCGGAAAUACUGAUCUUAAUACUACAAUUAUUGGUCCAACCAGAGAACCGAAAAUAUCACCAGCCCAAUCAAUGAUAAAUUUGCAAAAGGGAAAAUUAUAUGGAAUAUUACCUUAUAUUGCUCCUGAAGUCCUACAAGGCAAACAGUAUACACAGAGUUCAGAUAUUUAUAGUUUAGGGAUUAUUAUGUGGGAAUUAUCAAAUAGUGCUACUUUAGGAAAAUAUAAUCACCAUAGCCAACCUUUUCAUGAUCAACCGCAUGAUAUUAAUUUGGCAACGGAAAUUGUGAAUGGAAGAAGACCCAAUAUAGAUGAUGUUGCCUCAGGUACCAUUCCGGAAUGUUGGUUGAAUCUGAUGAAAAAUUGUUGGGCAUCAAAACCAGAAGACCGACCGAAUAUUGAAGACGUUAAGAAAAUUACAAGUGCAUGGAAUAUAGAAAGAUCAAAAAAUUCUUUGGUUUUGUCAUUUAGUAGAUUUGGAGAUGAUGAUGUUGUUCGACAGUUUAUAGAUGCUGAGAAAAGUAGAGUCGAAAGGUUGAAUAAAGGAAAGCAAGUGGAGAGAGAUAAUAAACUAGAAGAGAAGGAUGAAGAAGAAAGUGGAAAUGAGCUAAAAGAAAAUGUAACCGAGAGACUUAAUCAAGAAGAUCAUAAUUAUAACCCGAUGAAGAGUCAUUUAUUGGAUUUUUUGGUUGAAGUACCUUCACCAAAAAAUCAUAAGAAUUUAGAAAUAAUUUAUGAGGAUAUAGAUUCUCCGCAAAAAGAAAAGGUUGAUAGUGGAUAUCAGCAACCAAUAGAAGAGCACGAAGAUGAAGUCAAACCAGAAAAACCCAUAGAAAAAGAAAGAGAUCCAAAUAAAAAAUUUGAAGAAAAACCAUAUGUUAAUGAAACUCAAAAACAAGUUUUACUAGGAGUUAAACAAUAUAACCAAGAUAGUCCCAUUAAAAAUGGUAUAGAAGCGAAUUCUGAAAUUGGGUCAAAAGAAUUCACUCUAACUAAAGAAAAAGAACCAUAA